AGCGAGCGAGCGCAUCAUACUGGGCUACCCAGCUGCCCGGAGUAGCGGAUGCCGAGGACCCCGCCAGCGUUCCGAGCCUCUCCACGCUUCUCGCCGACCCCUCGGGCCCCCGCAGCCCGGGAAGGAGGCCACUCCGGGCCCAGCACCCGCUCUGCAAGGCGGACCUGCAACCCGGAAAGGCGGCGCGGAGUCGGCUCCUGCUCGGACCGGGCCCCGGCGGGCCGGCGCCGCGGGGAUGUCGGAGGCGCGGAAGGGGCCGGACGAGACGGAUGAGAGCCAGUAUGACUCGGGCAUCGAGUCUCUGCGCUCUCUGCGCUCUCUGCCCGAGCCUACCCCGGCCCCAGCCUCUGGGCCCUCAGACGGAGGGUGCCCCCAGCCCUGGACUCAUCCUCCGGGAACCGCCAAGGAGCCAGACGAGAAGGAAGACACAGACGGGGAGCGGGCUGACUCUACCUAUGGCUCCUCAUCGCUCACUGAGCCCCUGUCCUUGUUGGGGGACCCCAAGACCGAGGACCCAGCCCCAGACUCGCCGCUUCCCGCCGCGGGGGCGCUGAGCCCUCAGCAGCUGGAAGCACUCACUUACAUCUCCGAGGACGGAGACACGCUGAUCCACUUGGCAGUGAUUCACGAGGCCCCGGCUGUGCUGCUCUAUUGCCUGGCUUUGCUGCCUCAGGAGGUCCUGGACAUUCAGAACAACCUUUACCAGACAGCACUCCAUCUGGCCGUACAUCUGGACCAGCCAGGUGCAGUUCGGGCCCUGGUGCUGAAGGGGGCCAGCCGGGUGCUACAGGACCGACACGGUGACACGGCCCUGCAUGUGGCCUGCCAGCGCCAGCACCUGGCCUGCGCCCGCUGCCUGCUGGAAGGGCAGCCAGAGCCAGGCAGAGGACCGCCUCACUCCCUGGACCUCCAGCUGCAAAACUGGCAAGGUCUGUCCUGUCUCCACAUCGCCACCCUGCAGAGGAACUGGCCACUCAUGGAACUGCUGCUGCAGAACGGAGCUGACAUCAACGCACAGGAGGGCACGAGCGGGAAGACAGCGCUGCAUCUGGCCGUGGAGACCCACGAGCGGGGUCUGGUGCAGUUCCUCCUCCAGGCUGGGGCCCGGGUGGACGCCCGCAUGCUCAACGGGUGCACACCCCUGCACCUCGCCGCGGGCCGGGGCCUCAGCAGCAUCUCAUCCACCCUGUGCGAGGCAGGUGCCGACUCCCUGCUAAGAAACGUGGAGGACGAGACUCCCCAGGACCUGGCCGAGGAUCCCUUUGCCCUUUUGCCCUUUGAUGAUCUGAAGAUCUCCGGGAAGCCACUGCUGUGUGCUGACUGAAGCCGGGACAGGCUCUAGGGCCCUGGACGCUCCACCUCUUCCCAUCUGAAAGCUGGAGCCACAGCUGCUACAGUCUGGGCCCAGGCCAUGUGCCCUGGGGACUGCUGAGGCCAGAGCUUGGGGCCAGCACAGUCCCGAGCUGAGAGGAGGGACCGCAAGUAAGAGAGCCAGUCUGGAAGGAAGAGCUUCCGGGUGGAUGGAAGGACCCCCAAAGCCCCAGGCAGCCUGGGCGAAGCCUGUUUACCUCUGUUGAAGAUGGCAGGGCUCUUGUCUACCCACGUGGGGUCAGCCUGAAGCUGCCAGCCGGUAGGCAACAUGGACUCUCCUGAGUGAGGAGAGACACUGAACUGUGAGUGAGCAGGGCCCUGAAGGGUUCCAUCUCACUGCUGAGGAGGACUUUGAAACACUGUUGUUUAAAGACUUCACACAGAAGGCCCUGAACUGAGCCUUUGGGGAUGGGGAAGUUUCAAGAACAUGACACUAAAACAGCAGAGACUUUUAAACACCCCCCCACCCCA